ACCGGGUAGGCAGAAACGAAAGAAAUUUUUGAGUUUGUUCAGCUUUCCAGUUGACUUAGCUUUCAGAAGGACAAGGAGAGCGCCAUAGAUUGAUGGUGCUGUAGUAUUACACCUGAGUAUUGCCAUCAAAAACCAGAGGGAUGAGUUCGCUAGGAACUGGAUACGAUUUGUCAGCGUCCCAAUUCUCUCCCGAUGGACGUGUAUUUCAAGUAGAGUAUGCCAUCAAGGCAGUAGAAAAUAGCAGUACUGCCAUUGGCCUGCGAUGCAAGGAUGGCGUGGUGUUCGGCGUAGAAAAGCUUGUGCAGAGCAAGCUACACGAGCAGUCCGCCAACCGCCGUGUGUUCAACAUUGACCGACACAUUGGAAUGGUUGUCAGUGGUCUCUUGCCAGAUGCACGCAAGGUUCUAGAUGUUGCGCGUGGCGAGGCUCAGGCAUAUCGCAGAAAAUUCAACCAGGGCAUCCCGCUAAAGCUGUUAGCAGACCGAGUGUCUAUGACGAUGCAUGCGUAUACUCUUUACAGUCACGUGCGUCCGUUCGGCUGCAGUAUUAUCCUGAGUACAUACGCAGAGCAGACAGGUCCUGAGAUGUACAUGAUCGACCCAUCCGGUGUUUCAUGGGGAUACCAUGGCUGUGCAAUGGGCAAAGCCAAGCAGCAAGCUAAAACUGAGCUGGAAAAGGUCAAGGUAUCUGAGAUCACAUGCGAUCAGUUGGUAAAGGAGGUAGCGAAAAUCAUUUACAUUCUCCACGACGAGGUCAAGGAUAGGGAAUUUGUGCUUGAGCUCAGCUGGGUGUGUGCUGCGUCUGGUGGCCGACAUGAGCUUGUGCCCAAGUCGGUUUAUGAAGAGGCAGUACAGGCUGGACAGUCUGUUUUGGACGACUCCGACUCCGAAUCUGAGCUCUAGAGAGUACGCUCUCGCCUGUGCAUAGUGCUGGGAUUCUGGGGAUUUCCUGCGUCUUUGUUCUGCUUGCUGCUUUGCAUACUGGAAAGAUGCUGCUGUAUCAUCGCUUCUCUCUCUCCCUCUCUAUCUCUCUCUCUCUCUCUCUCUCUCUCUCUCUCUCUCUCUCUCUCUCUCUCUCUUCAUUGUUUUUAACCAUGAGAUUGGAUCGGCAUUAUGCCACUUGUACAUAGUUUGCGGAUCAGUAGUUUGCGGAUUAGCUAUCAACUGACUUCGUGCAUAUUUUACACUCCAAUGAUUGCUGUUUUUUUUUGAAUUUCUAGAUAUGUUCGUAAAUGUUUGCGUUGUACACGUACAUGAUUGAUUGUACUUUCAAAACCAA